AUGUUGUUGAAGAAUAAGCAGUUUAGGAGUAACUUUAAAAAAAUAAAACGUUAUAAAAUCAACAAAAUAGAAAAGAUUAGUAAGAUAUGCGAGUGAUAAUAGUGGAUAAAAUAAAAAAUAGAAUAAGAUAGAUUGUUUUGAGAAAAAAAAUUAAAAUGUUAAUAAUUAUUCGGAUUACUGGGAAUAGUGGAAUCCUUUUUUGAUAUUUAAUAUUGGUGAUCUAGUGAAGAAUUAUUACAUAAAUUAAAGAAUAACUUUAUUGGAGUGUGCUCUUAAAAGUGGUUCUCUUCUGGAAAUAUCAAAUGAAUUUGACUUGUAUUGUAAGUAUUAAAGAUAUUUUAAUCAAUGUUUCAUCAUGAAGUAAUGGAUACCAGAAUAAUAUUACCCUCUUUAAACAUAAUUCUUUAAACAUAAUCAUUAUUUGGUUUGUUACAGAUUUAUAAAAUAUUUUAUUAUUUAUUAUUAUUAUUAGAUGAUAUUUUAUUAAUAAAUAUAAAAAUAACUAAUUUGGCUAAUAUAUUUAAUUAAUAGUAUGUUUUUAUCAGAUACUUCAAGAACCUUUUUAAAUUGA